UCCCUUCGUGUUUAAUCUAAUAAUCCAUGAGUUUGAAUUCCCGCGCGUAAUCUAUGUUAAAUGCGCGAAGUUUAGUCGUCACGGCGCAACGGUAACCACUGUGCGUGUGCAUUCCGCCCGAAGUAACGCCAAAAAUAUGCAAAAAUAUGAGAAACUCGAAAAAAUAGGAGAAGGCACUUAUGGCACCGUUUUCAAAGCGAAGAACCGCGAAACUCACGAGAUCGUCGCUUUAAAAAGAGUACGUUUGGACGAUGACGAUGAAGGUGUGCCAUCCUCAGCCCUUCGGGAGAUCUGCUUAUUAAAAGAAUUAAAACAUAAGAAUAUAGUACGUCUUUACGACGUAUUACAUAGCGAUAAAAAACUUACUUUAGUCUUCGAGCACUGCGAUCAAGAUCUUAAAAAAUACUUUGAUAGUUUGAAUGGAGAAAUUGACUUAGAUGUAGUGAAAUCAUUCUUAUAUCAGUUAUUACGUGGACUAGCAUUUUGUCACAGCCGUAAUGUUCUCCACAGAGAUCUCAAACCACAAAAUUUACUAAUCAAUAAGAAUGGCGAGCUAAAGCUUGCUGAUUUUGGAUUAGCAAGAGCAUUUGGCAUUCCGGUUAAAUGUUAUUCCGCAGAGGUUGUUACAUUAUGGUACCGUCCACCAGAUGUUCUUUUUGGAGCAAAACUAUACACAACGUCCAUUGAUAUGUGGAGUGCAGGAUGUAUAUUUGCUGAGUUAGCAAAUGCAGGGAGACCACUUUUUCCUGGUUCGGAUGUGGAUGAUCAACUGAAAAGGAUUUUUAAAAUGUUGGGUACACCGACAGAAGAAACAUGGCCAGAGUUAACGAUCUUGCCAGAUUACAAGCCUUUUCCACAGUAUCAUCCUACGCAAGGAUUGGCUCAAGUUACACCAAAGCUUACCUCAAGAGGAAAAGAUUUAUUACAGAGAUUAUUAGUGUGCAAUCCGGCACUGCGACUGUCAGCGGAAGAAGCAAUGGCGCAUCCUUAUUUUAAUGAUUUAAACCCUGCCAUUAAAAAUGACCGUUGCCAAUAGCAAUCUCGUGUAAGUUUAGCAUUUUUGAAGUCUUGUGCUUCAAGCUUACCGACCAAAAAUACUCCAACAAAAGAUCGUUUGUUGAUACAUUUCGCACUCGAUGCGCCAAACAUAUUGUGUGAUAUUAAAAAGUCCUGUUUUAUAUAAAAGUACAUAUGGCGAAACAAUAAAUUAUGAAUUUUAUCAAAAUUGGCCAAUUUCUAUCAGGAACAGAAGUGUUACUCUAUUAAGAAUGAGAAAAGGAAAUUAUUUAUUGCUAUAUUUAUCGUAAAUCAAAAGGGAUAAUAAAUUGGAAGCAAUACUUAUUUAUUAAUCAAUUAUUCUGUUAAAUAAUUAAAUAAUUCUUAAUUAUAUUUUCUUAAAUCUAUUUUUACAUUGCAUCAAAAGGGAACCUAUGCGCCUCUUGAAGCUUUUCUAUUUUAUCUUCCCGUCUCUCCUUCCAAUACAAUGAAACAAUAAUUAGCGAAAUAAGGCCGCACGUACCGCUUAAAGCAGCGGCGCUUAAUAAAAUUAGUUUACUAGGUGUAACAAAUAACUGAGCUUUCCAUCUAUACGGUUUUGAUAUUGGAUUAGGUAUCACUACCAUUUGAGAAUUGGGAAUAAUUUGCGGCCAUUCCCGUGAUUUACCACCGACCUGUGAAAAAAAAAAUUGUGUAAUUGUAUAAAGUAUUAUAUCUAAGAAAAAUGUAAUUAUUAUACGUUAAAUUUAAAUCCUUGUACAAUAAAAAUUUAUGCCAUCAUUCAAAAUUUAA